CGUUUUCUAUUUACCUCACUCGUGUAUCACAUUCCGUGUUAUUGAAUGGCGGAGGGAGUGCGACGUUAGCCAUGGGGUAAAUUUAAGUCAGAUGAAUGGGCUUUUGGCGAUUAUUUGUCAUGUAAUCUUCAUAUUAUUCAGUGUACAUUUCAUGUCACUUUUACACUCAUCAAACCGGUUUAUUUAUCUGCUGACAAGAGUUAGUCUUUUGUAGCAGCGAAACAAACUGCCAGAAGGCCUGUAAAUGGAUCCAGCGGUUUUGCGUGAAAGUCCCGCGGGUUCGGGAGCAGCUUCAGUGGGGGAGAGAGAAGGAAAUCAGCCGGAGGAGGUGACAGGUGAUAGCAGAGAAGCCGACGGGGAAUCCGAGAAGACAGAGAUGGAGGGUAAAGACUCUGAAAGAUCUAAAAGUCAAGAUGAAACCUCACUACAUGAAAAACUGACCGAGGAGGAAUUAGAUCCAAGAAUCCAGGAGGAACUGGAGCGUCUGAAUGAGGCCAGUGAGGAGAUCAACAAAAUGGAACUGGAACUGCAAGAGGUUCGGUCCAGCCAUAGGAGGAUAAUGAGUGAAUCUGUGCUUAAACUCAAAGCGAAAAGUUCAGAACUGGGCUCCUGCAUCGAGAAGGCCAGGCCAUACUAUGAGGCACGAAGAAAAGCAAAAGAGGCCCAGCAGGAGACCCAGAAAGCUGCACUCAGCUUUGAGAGAGCCGUGUCCAUGCACUCGGCCGCUCGAGAAAUGGUCCAUGUGGCUGAACAGGGCCUCACUGCGGUCAAGACACUGGAUCCAACCUGGCAAGAGAUGUUGAAUCAUGCUACCUCAAAGGUGAACGAAGCGGAGGAGGAGCGCAUGAAGAGCGAACGGGAGCACAUGCGUGUCACCCAGCUGUGUCAGGAGGCAGAAGCCCGCGUGCAGCAACUGCAGAAAUCACUCAAGAGAUCUAUUAUCAAGUCCAAGUCUUACUUCGAGCUCAAGGCUCAGUUCAAUGACACUCUAGAGGAUCACAAGUCAAAAAUAUUACUGUUGGAGGAGCGUAUUUCCAAAGCCAAGUUAAACUACUCCAGCACCCUGCGCCACCUGGAGCAAAUCAGUGAGGAGAUUCACGCGCAGAGAGAGCAGGACCAAACAAAGGAUGGACCAAUCAAAACGUGCGGUGGGAGGAGCCCUCCUGUGGGAGCAGAGACGGUCAGCGCGACAGGUACAGAGGGCGGAGCCUGCGGAGGCUACCCGAGACCAAAUGAUUGGGUGGAUGGAAAAGAGGGCGUGGCUAAUGCCCGAGAGUGGGUGGAGAAACAUAAAAACUCCAGGUGGGUGGACAUGGGAAGAGCAGAGGUGACGCGAUCUGGUUCAGACUCUCUUUCCAUCGUCAGCCUCCAGACCAUCAUCUCUGAUCUCGAAAAGUGUGAUUCGGUCGAGCACCUGGGCCGCCUCAGCAGUGACGUCAGUCUCUCGGGGGAAGAAGGGGAGAGAGACGGGCUGGAGAAUGAUAACAAGCGGGUUAGGCAAAAAAAUGCAGACAUUUCAGAGGAGUUCCUCAAACAACACAUGAGAAGUGUCAGUUUAUGAGUACGUCCAUGAAUAAUGCUUAUGUUUCUAAGCUUGUUUCUUGACUGACAGAGUAACUCAUAAUGUUUAUUUAUUAUUGAGUUUUUAUCAGUACUUGAAUAGGAGAAAGACCAAAAGAAAAUUCUUAGUAUAUAUUUCUCUUUUAUGUUUUUUUUGAGAGAGAGAGAGAGAGAAGGUUUAAUGUUUGGUAUUUCAAAUCAAUUGGUAAAAGACUGACAAUAUUUAUAAUGGGAGCAACCCUUCAGCUUUAUUAACCAGAAUAACUACAAUAUAUUUCUUUUUAUCUUAAUCAGCAGCACCUAAUGCUUUUCUAUGCAAAUGUAAAAAACUGUGUCUUAAUAAACACACUCUUAUUAUAAUUUCUAUAGCUGAAAAAGCCGUUUUGCUUUGCACUUUUCACAUUACUGACCCCCCGGUGAGCAUUAGUUCACUUAUUGACAUAAUCAUACUUUUUGCCAUUAAUAAUUAGCUAAGUUUAGGCUCUAAAAUGUUAUUUUUCUUAAUAUAUAUUUUUUUUUAUUCUGACAUUAGUCCCAUGCUGACUUUGAAAUAGCGGUUCACGGGAAGUGCUUUCUGCCCAAGCGACAAAUGCAUGCAUGAGGUUUGCUUUGUGUUAGUCUUGUUUGACUUUUUCAUUAAAUGAAAGUUAUUCCGACCGAAAUACAUGUUUUGUGUAGUUGGAGAGAUCAAGCAUUGAUUCUCAAGUGCAGGGCUUUUAAAAUACCUGCCAACUGAGCAUUUGAUGGUUUGCUGUUUAUGACAAUCAUUUUUCUAAGUUUCAGAACUUAAUUUAAUGCAGUUUCAGGUGUUUUUGAGGUGUUUUUGACUGCUGUUUUCAUCUUUUGAGAGGCUGUUCAUUCAGUGUGCUUUAUACACCUUUGCUAGUGUGAGCAUAUUAUUGUCUUUAAUAGUGUUCUGUAGGAAGAUGUGCACAGUGGUGACAUUUGUGACGUCUGAUGGAACAAUAAAUAUAUAUGUAUAAAUGCA